CAGAGGAGUUUAUUCCCGGUUCCAGAGCAGUUUAUUCCCGGUUCCAGAGGAGUUCAUUUACUCACGAAUCUCGGGGACUGCUGUCCCCGCGCCCGCCGUCAGGGGGCAGCAGCGCGGGAGGCGCGCGCAGGGAAGUGACGUCACGCGGCGUCCGGGAAGGCGCGCCGAGCUGUGCUCCGGUUCUGCUCCGGUUCUGCUCCGGUUCUGCCCCGGUUCCCCGGGACCGGCGGCGCUGAGUGAGGGGCGAGGCCGGGGCUGAGGGGUGUGGCAGAGAUGGAUUCCCAGGACAUCAAAGAGCUGCAGCAGGAGGUGAUGGACGAGCUGGGAAUCUCCAUGGAGGAGCUCCAGGAAAUCAUCGACAAAGAAGUGGAGAAUUCCGAGUGGGUGAGGCAGCGGAAACAGCAGCUGGAGGAGCUGGAGCAGUGCAUGAGGCACAAGGAGGAGGAGGUGGCCCACGUUGACCAGCUCAUUGACGAUGCCAUGAGGGCCAUCGACAAGUGCGAGACACUGGCAAAGGAGCUGUAUUCCAUGAUGGGGCUGCAGUACCGGGAGAGCAGCUCGGAGGACGAGGCUCCGGCUGCCACGGAAGUGAUCGAGAUCCCAGACGAGGAGGACGACGAUGUCAUGAGCGUGGACUCGGGCUGGAAGCGCAGCAGCAGCAGUCCCAGAAUCUCCAGGGAUCAGAGUCUGCUGCGGGAAGCAAUGGUUGCCAUGAGGAAAUCUGCCCGGGAUGUUGCGAAAUUCAUGGAUGCUGUAAACAAGAAAACAAACUUGCAGGAAGCACAGAAAGAUGCACAACCUCCUCAGGAAUCUCCUGGCACUGCCCAGCCCAUCGCUGUCCCUGCAGCCCCUGACAAUGAUCUCAACGCUGAUGGGGACCUCAAAGUGGGCAUGAGGAUUUUGGGGAAGAAAAGAACCAAGACUUGGCACAAGGGGACGUUGAUUGCCAUCCAGACAGUCGGUGCUGGCAAGAAAUAUAAAGUGAAAUUUGAUAAUAAAGGGAAGAGUUUGCUGUCGGGCAACCACAUUGCCUACGAUUACCACCCGUCUGCCGAGAGGCACCACGUGGGCAGGAGGGUGGUGGCCAGGUACAAGGAUGGCAACCAGAUGUGGCUCUAUGCUGGGAUCGUGGCUGAGACCCCCAACGUCAAGAAUAAAGACAGGUUCCUGAUCUUCUUCGACGAUGGCUACGCGUCGUACGUGAAGGAGUGGGAGCUGUACCCGGUCUGCCGGCCACUGAAAAAAGCCUGGGAGGACAUUGAGGAUGUUUCCUGUCGGGAUUUCAUUGAGGAGUACAUCACUGCCUACCCCAACCGGCCCAUGGUACUGCUGAAGAAUGGGCAGCUGAUCAAAACUGAGUGGGAAGGAACCUGGUGGAAAUCCAGAGUGGAAGAAGUGGAUGGAAGUCUGGUGAAAAUCCUUUUCCUGGAAGCUCUUCCCAUGGGAUCUGUGAGCGUUUCCUUCUCCUUCCCGCAGGAGGACAAACGUUGUGAGUGGAUUUACCGAGGUUCCACACGCCUCGAGCCCAUGUUCAGCAUGAAAACUUCCACAGCUUCCACCCAGGAAAAGAAGCAAAGUGGGCAAACCAGGACUCGUCCCAAUGUUGGUGCUGUGAGGAGCAAGGGCCCUGUGGUCCAGUACACCCAGGAUUUAGCAGGAGCUGGUCCCCAGUACAGGGCUCCGGAGCAGCCGCCGGCUCCACGUCCUGCGUCUCCUCAGCCUGCAGAGAUGGAAUGCUCCGACACCCAGCUGGCCCAGGGCAGAAAGCAGGUGGCCAAGAAAAGCACUUCCUUCCGUCCUGGCUCCGUGGGCUCCGGGCACUCGUCCCCGUCCUCCCCUGUCCUCGGGGACAGCCCAGCAGCCGGGAGGGCCCUCCCGGCCCCGCAGCACCGCGUCCCCAGCAGCGGCCCCUCGCAGCCCUUCCACGGCAUGACGGACCGCGUUCCCAGCGAGCCGUCCUACCGGGCCCCGCUGGAGAAGCUCUUCUACCUGCCCCACGUCUGCAGCUACAGCUGCCUGUCGCGGGUGCGGCCCAUCCGCAGCGACCAGUACCGCAGCCGCAACCCGCUGCUCAUCCCGCUGCUCUACGACUUCCGCCGCAUGACGGCGCGGCGCCGCGUCAACCGCAAGAUGGGCUUCCACGUGCUCUACAAAACGCCCUGCGGGCUCUGCCUGCGCUCCAUGCACGAGAUCGAGCGCUACCUCUUCGAGACGGACUGCGACUUCCUCUUCCUGGAGAUGUUCUGCCUGGAUCCCUACGUGCUGGUGGAUCGCAAGUUCCAGCCCUACAAGCCCUACUACUACAUCGCCGACAUCACCAAGGGCAAGGAGGACGUGCCCCUGUCCUGCGUCAACGAGAUCGACAACACGCCGCCGCCGCAGGUGGCCUACAGCAAGGAGAGGAUCCCCGGGAAAGGGGUCUACAUCAACACCAGCUGGGAAUUCCUCGUGGGCUGUGACUGCAAGGACGGCUGCAGAGACAAAUCCAGGUGUGCCUGUCACCAGCUGACCAUCCAGGCCAGCGGCUGCACCCCCGGAGGGCAAAUCAACCCCAACUCGGGCUACCAGCACAAGCGGCUGGAGGAGUGUCUCCCAACAGGCGUUUACGAGUGCAACAAGAGGUGCAAGUGCAACGUGAACAUGUGCACCAACCGCCUGGUCCAGCACGGCCUCCAGGUGCGGCUGCAGCUCUUCAAGACCCAGAACAAAGGCUGGGGCAUUCGCUGCCUCGACGACAUCGCCAAGGGCUCCUUUGUCUGCAUCUACGCAGGGAAAAUCCUCACAGACGACUUUGCUGACAAAGAGGGGCUGGAGAUGGGUGACGAGUACUUUGCCAACCUGGACCACAUCGAGAGCGUGGAGAACUUCAAGGAGGGCUACGAGAGCGACGCCAAGUGCUCCUCGGACAACAGCGGCGUGGACCUCAAGGACGACGACGACGACGAGAACACGGGCUCGGAGGAACUGGAGGAAUCCAACGAGGACAGCUCCGACGACAACUUCUGCAAGGACGAGAACUUCAGCACGAGCUCGGUGCUGCGCAGCUACGCCACGCGCCGGCAGACGCGCGGCCAGCGCGACCACGGCCUCUCGGAGACGGCCUCCAAGGACUCGGGGCUCGCCCGGCCCCUCGGCCACGACGAGCCCGCCACGGCCCCACCCUGCAAACUGCCCGUGUCUGAGGAGACCUCCAAGAACAAGGUGGCCUCGUGGCUGAGCUCCAACAGCAUGGCCGAGAGCUUCCAGGACAGCGACAGCGCCUCGUCCCUGAGGAUGGGCGAAGGGGGAGAAGCCAAGGCUGUGAAAAUGGAGAUCUCUGUGGAGAGGGAGAAGGGCUGUGCUCCCACGCCGGGAGAGCUGAACGGAGAGGCAAAGGCAGCCAAGAAGGAGGAACCUGAAGAAUCAACCAAAAUUCCUGGGCUGAGCAGCCUGGGAAGGAGGUACGGCUACAACCCCUGUCCCCCCAAGCUGGAGGGGAUCCGCAGGCCGGUGGGGGGGACGCUGCUGCUGCAGAACCGCCGGCGAUCCCUGGCCCUGCCAACCCCCUCAGAGGUGAGUGGGCUGCGAGGUUCCUCCCCAAACCACUUCCACAGCGACCUUGAGCCUUCUCUGGGGGCGUUUUCUGCCUUUGGUUCCCAGGAUGUGCUGACGCUCUCCAGCAGCACCGACAGCGAGGGGGAGCACAGGGCAGGGCAGGCCCCGGGCACCGCCAACGACAGCGACGACAUCCAGACCAUCUCCUCAGGAUCCGAGGAGGAGGAAGGGGAGGACAAGAAAAAUCCAUCAUCUGGGUCAGGUCCUGUGAAGAGACAGGUGGCUGUGAAAUCCACCCGAGGCUUUGCCCUCAAGUCCACCCACGGCAUCGCCAUCAAAUCCACGCCGCUGGCGGCGGCCGACAAGGGCGAGAGCGCGGGGCCCGUGCGCCGCAGCACGCGGCAGUUCUACGACGGGGAGGAGAACUGCUACAUCAUCGACGCCAAGCUCGAGGGCAACCUGGGCCGCUACCUCAACCACAGCUGCACCCCAAACCUCUUUGUGCAGAACGUCUUCGUGGACACCCACGACCUUCGCUUCCCCUGGGUCGCCUUCUUCGCCAGCAAGCGGAUCCGAGCCGGCACGGAGCUGACCUGGGAUUACAACUACGAGGUGGGCAGCGUGGAGGGCAAGGAGCUGCUGUGCUGCUGCGGGGCCAUCGACUGCCGGGGCCGGCUGCUCUGAGCCCCCCGCUCCCAGCGGAUCCCGCUGCUCCUGAGGCCUGGUGCUCGCUUUCCCUCAGCGAGGGUAAAGUUCCUUCUCAAGAGGUUCUCAGUUCUCCCACUCACCUGGAAAAUCACAGAUGGACACGGAGCAGGAACGGACUCGGGCUGUGCUGGGCGGUGAUUCCCAGCCCCUGGGCUUUUCCCACCUUCCAGAGGCUGGAGUUAUCCCACAAGACCAUGGGCUCCCUCAAGGAAGCAGCUUUUCCUGCUCUGCUCCAGUUUUCCACCAAAUUUAAGGCACAAAGUAAUUUUUUCCAGCAGCAAGCACUUGUCCAGCAUUCCCAGGAAGUGCUUUCUAAUUGGCACGGAGGCCUUGAAAGUAGGAGGGAGGAUGGUGGAAAGAAUCCCUGGAAGAACUGGACCAAUCGGGAUUUAUAAAAUUCAAGUGAAAAAAGACAAAAAGUAAGUACCUGUCUUCACCCGUGAGCCGUUGUAAAGAAUCUUUUAGUUGCUAAAAAGCAGUAAAAGUGUCUUUUUCUAUCAAAACAACCUACCCUGAUCUUGAGACACAGCAAAGAGCCCUGAAAAAGAAGGGUUGAACCACUGCCAUCAUCCUUGUUCCUGUGGGGUUUGCAGGAAAAAUGCCAGAGGUGGAUGGGCCCAGGCAAAGGGAUAAGGAGCUCCCACAUUUUCACCUUUCCUUCACCUUUCCUCCAAACAAACACUCCUUAAACCCUCCACCUGGGAAAAUUGCAGAGAAACAGGUUGGGAUUUUCUUGAGGAAGCAGAUUUGGUGCCUCUGCCACCUGCAGCCCUCCCAGGACGUCACUGGGAGCCCCUGAGCUCCUGCAGUGAGCUGGACACGGAUCCACACGGAAAAUCACACGGAAAAUCACCGGGAUCUGGCCUGGGCUUCGUUUUGGUUUGGGGGGAAGGAGGGAAGGCACUGGGGCACAUCCAAAAGGUUCAAAAAGCCACCCUGAGAACUGGAUGGAAGAGGUGAAGUUGUUCACUCGGGGGUCAAACCCCAGCCUGGAGGUGGUGGAUCAGUUCCCAGCCCCGUAACCAACACCAGCCCAGCUCCAGGCAGCCCUGACAAGGGAGGCUUGUUGGGCUUUCUCCUGCUAAAUAACCUUGUUUUUCCUUUGUAAAAUAAAACCUUUCUGGGGCCUCCUGGAGCUCCAGUUCCAUCCCGAGCGUCCACCUGAAUGGAGGCUUUGUCAUCCCAGCGGGGCCGCAGCUCCUCAGAGAACCCAAACCCACGCUCCAGCCUGGGCUUGAAGACUUGGAGAACUUUAAGGAGAAAAAAAAAAUAUAAAAAACAUCAAAAUCCUCAACACUGCCCAUUUUUAGCUCUGCCUAAAGGAUCUAUGCCAAACCCAUCUAAUGCCUCCACCCCAGGGCCAUAGUGCCACUCACAGAAUAUGCCCAAAUCCUGUAUUUUUUUUACCCAAGUUUAUUAGUUUUUUUAACUUUUAAUAUAUUUAACCUUUUAUUUAUUUUUUCUUUUUUUAAAAAACAAGAACAACAAAACACAUUUUGGUCUGGCAUUGGUUAAUGGUCCUUUUUCCCCCCACCCCUCCGUGCUGGGAGGUCUCGCAGCAUCCCGAGGGAUGCAGGAGACAGAGCCAAGCCCGGCUCCUUCUGUCUUCCAAAUAAAUAGAAAGAAAAAAAAAAAAAAA